ACCCCAUACGUCGCAUUGAUUACGUCACCAAAACGAGCUCUUGCGCACUAGUUUAGCGCGGAUUUUAAAACAGCAGCCUCCUGUUUACACCGUUUUUAUGUCGAUGUGGGUGAAGUACUUUGAUGCGGGGAAAUGGUUGUUUUUUAACUGCGGUAGGGUUUCUGUUAUGAAGAUAAUGACGUCAUCAAAGAGCUCCAAACUGUUUGUGAGGUUAGCUUUCGGUUACCUCAGUUAACGGAGCGUCCCUGACUCUGAACUGUUUGCUCCAAAAUAAGUGUUCUGUAUUUUAGCAGUGCAAAGUACUAAUUAUAAACAAAUUUGUGAUACUUCGUCAGUUGGGAUGAGUAGCCUUUCUUUUUAGUGAAACACAUCGAGGUAAACGAGCUAACAUGAGCUAACGGUUAUUAAGCUAACUGUCAGGGAUGGAGAGCGCCUCUUCUUCGUUGGUAGCUCAGGACUCUUUCCUUCAGAGGACGUUGGGGCGAUUAUCUUCCACUCAGAGCCUGAAACUCUCCGCUGAGGAAGCGGAUCCCGUUGCUAUCGUGGCCCUUCGGCGGUAUCUGUCCGAACCCACCGACGGUCAGAACCAGGAGCAGCAGUUGGACAGCUACGAUGUGACGAUCACUGACCGAGUCUGGAGAGCCAAAUGCUUCCUCCAUCCCAGUUUGAACCAGUUGGUGAACAGAAACGCCCUGAGGACUGGGAGUGACAUCAGCAUCAGGCAGUGCUCCUUUGUUUACAAUGAGAGGAGAUUGGGUCAUGGAUUUAUUUGUGUGGAGAAGGUGGAAUGCAUCGCAGAACCGUCCGCGGUUCUGCCCCGCAUCUCAGACGUCAGCUCGCUCCCCCUGCUGGUCAAACAGGGUAUGGAGCGGAGCGCGGACCUGCAGGGGGACACGCCCCUCCAGGUGAGCCGGAAACACUACCUGCCCCUCUGGAACAACGACGAUCCGGAGGGGGACAUGUGGAGCCCGGCUCAGGCUGCGGCAGAACCGGUGCUGGACGUGUCCAAGGUGGCUCUUCUUAGCACUCUGGAGUCGUCCUUCAGAGGCUCUUGGAAACCUCUUCCUAUCCUGGUGAAGAUAAUCCACAAAUCCAGGCUGAGGUAUUAUGGGAAGUUUGGGCAGAGGAUUGAUUACCCCUACCAGGCUUACUUCGAAGUGGCCGAUCAGAGCGGCUGCAUGUCUCUGGUGCUGUGGAACGAGCUCUGUCUGGAGUUCUACCAGAGGAUGACGGUGGGCUCCGUGCUCUACCUGCAGAACUACAGCCUGAAGCAGAGCUAUUCCAACAGGUCCCGCCCCCAGAUGGACCACCACAGGCUGAGAAACUUCUCCUCCGUGGAAAUCUGUCUGAACCUUCGUAACCCCGCGGCCGUCAUCACCGUGGUCUCCCAGAAGGCCGUCCCACCGCAGUGGGGGCUGCCGGAGGCGGCCUACAGGUUCACCAGCAGGUCAGAACUGGACAGGCUCCCUGCUGGUGCUGCUUGUGAUGUCAUCGGUUUGGUCACGUUCGUUGGUCGCGUUGAAAGAGUCAGAAGUAAAGGAAACAAAGGUCCAGAACGGUUCUGGACGUACCGCUGGGUCCACGCUGUGGACGGAACAUCCAAUCAGCCUUUCAUCCUGGAGCUCUUUUCCUCAUCCCAACCUGAAAUCUUCAACCAGAUCUGUCCAAUGACCUACCUGGUGUGCACCCAGGUGAGGCUCUGUCAGGUGGAGGACUCCCCGCCGUACCUCACCAGCAGCUGUGAGACAGAGAUCUUCAUCACAGGGUACCACAAAGGACGGCCAUACCUGAGCGACCCCAGAGUGAAGAGCUUCAUUCAGUGGACCAAAACCCUGAAGGACAACAUGAUCCUCCAGAAAAGCGCCGUCGGGGGCCACUACUGCUACCCACCCCCCCCUCAGAGAUUCGUCCAAUCAGCAGCGGACUCUCCAGGACAAAUUCCUUUGAUUGCUGCGUCUGACCUGAAGAGGGAGCUAGAGAGCCUGCAGUACAGGGAGCAUAAGACGGUGGCCCUUCAGGGCCAGAUCGCAGCAGUCCACCACCUAGAGACGACCUGCCGGGCCCCACCGGUACCAGACUUUAGUCCCACCGCCUGUUUUAUCUCCACUGACAAACGGAGACAUGAAAGCUUCUGGUUUGUCCAGGUUCCUGAUGACCCGCCAGCGUCCCCCUCCACCGACCGGCGGCGGGCCGACCCGAAGAAAAGGAGGAUUCAGUUCAGCUUUGGUUUUUAUUCCUGUUUAAUGUUUGUGAGCCAAGUUCUGACCAACAAUCCUAAACAUCUUUCCGGUUCUGCUCGUCUGUCUCUGCUCGCCAGGCCGGAGCACCAAACCCCACCAGGAGAGAGGGAGGAGGAGGAGGAGGAGGAGGCUCGGGAACCAGCCCCCCUCUCCUGGGAGAGCAGCAGGUGGUCAGAGCAGCGAAGGCGACUUUCUGAGCAUCUGAGUGAAGGCGGCGCCCACAAGAGCAGCGCCUCCCGCAGGUUCUCCUCCGACCAGAAGGACGGCCUCCUGCAGUGGUGCAACCUGCAGCCGAGCCGCUGGAGUCCAGAGGCCGCCGCCCCCCUGCCCCCCCAGCCCUGCCCGGGUCACCUCCAGCUCACCAUACUGGGGAUCAACCAGCAGAUCGCCAUAGACGCAGCGUUCCUCCCUGUGGUCUGCUCAGACGAUCCGCGGGCCGUCGGCCUAUGCCAGGAUCCCCAUGACAACUCCCUGCUGUCCUUCCUGUCGACGGGUCUCCUCUGCCCCCUCGGCGGUGCAACCAGGGGCCGAGGAUUAACACUCCGUGAGUCAGAGGAGAUUCUGGCCACGGCCCUGGAGCUGGAGGACAAACACGUGGUGUGCGUUCUGGACCUGUGCCGGCUGGACGCCGAUGAAGUGGAGGUCCUGGUCAACAAGGUGUACAGGGUGACGGACGCCACAGCGGACUAGGUGGACGCUCCUUCUGAUAAACAUUAAUCAUCCACAGAUUCCUGACAUUUAAUUUAAUGAUUGAAGCUCUGGGAUAUUCAGAAGGUUCCGGUUUAUUGUCAGGCGGAGGAACCAGGUGACAAUAAAGAGACAGAAACCCUCUCUGACUGCAGGGAGGCUGCUUCUGUU